AUGUCGGCCCAUAUUGCUCAUUUAAAUGGCGAUCGGUCAGGUGAGAUUUCCGGUAAAAGUAUCACUCGUUUAGGUAUCCUGCGGAGAAAGACUGCUAAUGAGCCGCUGGAACGUUUUACAGAAGCCAAGAAAGCGAUGGGAGAGAUUUACAAGGACUUGGACGAAUUUAUCAAUGAUCUUUACGAUGCUUACCAAAGUAAUUUCGCGUAAAACUAUACAGAAGUUUUUAGAUCUACGGGAAACCGUCAAAAUCGGAGACGACAAGAUUGGUGAAGUGCAACGAAACAAAGACUCGAUUAAAGUUAUCAAGGAUAUGUUUUCCAGAGACAAAAUGAAGGUGGUCUUCUUCGGCCGGUAAGAAAGUAAAUACAAUUAAAAUCUUUAAUAUUUGUAGGACGAGUAACGGAAAGAGCACAGUAAUUAAUGCCAUGUUGCAUUCGAAAGUCUUGCCUCAAGGAAUGGGUCAUACGACUUGUUGCUUCCUUCAAGUGGAAGGCGGAUCAGAGAAUGAUAAGCAUUUCAAGGUCGAAAAUAAUGAGGAGAAGAUACCUAUUGAAGAACUGGAUAGUGUUGGACAUGCCCUGAGCUCUGGAAACUCAAAGUUGAAAGCUAUGGGACAGGAUUCAUUACUCCGCAUAUUUUACCCUAAAGCUGGCUCUAAACUUUUGCAAAAUGACGUUGUUAUUGUCGACAGGUAAUGACUUAAAUUUCUAUUUUUAUUGAAACCUAUUUAAGUCCUGGUGUUGAUCUUUCACCUGAAUUCGAUAGCUGGAUUGACAAGCACUGCAUCGAUGCAGAUGUGUUUGUUCUGGUCUGCAAUGCAGAGUCUACUUUGACCCAAGCUGUAAGUAAACUGUAUGUACUGCUCUAAGUUCUUUUAGGAGAAAAGCUUCUUUCAUCGAGUGAGCAGUAAAUUGUCACGCCCAAAUGUAUUUAUUCUAAAUAAUCGAUGGGAUGCCUCUGCGUCUGAGCCCGAGAAACACAGGGAAAUGGUCAGAGCUCAACAUCGAACUCGGUUUGUUCAAUUUCUGGUUGAUGAGUUGAAGACUUGUUCCAAGGAUGAGGUGGAAUCUCGAUACUUCUUUAUCUCCGCUAAAGAGGUUUUAGAAAAUCGUUUGAAGGCCAAAGGAGAGCAAGAAUAUUGUAAGGUAACCUUAGAUUUAUGUUUUAUGAAUUAGGUUAUCAACAAGAAGGAUUUCAACGAAGGGCCAUGGAAUUCAACGAGUUUGAGAACAGCUUCGAACAGAUUAUUUCCAAAUCAGCCAUCAAGACCAAGUUUGAGAAUCAUGACAGAAGAGCACGCGAGAUUAUUCAAGGACUCGCCCAUAACAUCGACACUGUGAAGACGGCCUCGAUCCACGAAAGGUUGGAGAUUGUUUUUGAUUUUUGAUUUACGUUACUGCUUUAGACAGAAUCUGGCACUGAAGGUUGAAUUAAAAAGAAGUGAAUUUAACAAAUGUCGGGAAAACUUUGCCGCGUUUGAGAAAAAAUAUUACGAACAACAACAAAACAUUAGAGCUGAGGUCCAUCUGAAAGUUUCUGCAGAUUUUACGGAAGAAAUUACUCGUUUGGAGUCAGUUAUCGACAGAUUCAACGACCAUUUUGUUGAUACUCCGGAAGAGAUUCAAUUGUAUAAACAGAAAUUGGCAGCAUUUGUGGAGAAAGAGGUCCGAACAAACCUAGAAGAUAAAUGCAGCGGAGGCCUCAUGAGCAGAAUCUGGACACUUGAGAACGAUCUUCACAGUAAGUAUUGUUUGAAAUUAAUUUAAUUCUUCCUUAGAACAUGUCUCCGAGAUUCUUGGUGAAGAAUAUGCCCCGAAAUUGAACGAAAUGUGGAAAUAUCGUCAGCCAUUUAAGUUCACCAUUGCGUUGAACUGUGCGGAUCUUCUGUCUGACUUUCAAGAAGAUCUGGAAUUCCAUUUCAGUCUUGGCCCUGAGGCAAUAAUCAGAAGAGCGGUCGCUUUCUUCUCCGGCAGACCCAUUACGGCUCUUGGUCGAGAUUAUCUGACUGGUGGUGGGGUAAGUUGGUCCCAUUUUUUAGUUAUUUUACUUUAGCACCAACUUCAUCCUCGUGCUAAAGCGAACCCCAAUAGCUAUCAAUCGUUGAACGAUCAAUUUAUGGUGGAUGUAAUCAGAAACUCCGCUUCUUAUUUAGCAAAUGGAAGCAUUGGAAUUGUUUUAGUGUCUACCCUUAUUUACAAAAGCGUAGGAUGGAAAGCAAUUGGGUCUGGUCUUGCCCUUUACGGUGGACUUUAUGCCAUCGAGAGAUUGCGAUGGAAUUCUGCGGCCAAAGAACAGCAUUUAAAGGAUCAAAUCAGAGCCCAUCUGAGCGCGGGAAUGAAGCAGAUGGGCGGAAUUCACACAACUCAAUGUGAAAAUCAGGUUUCCCAGUAAGAUUUAAUUUUUUAUGUCGUUGAUACCUAAAAUUGUUUGAUUUAUAACUGGAAUCUUUAGAGAACUAAAUGAAGUUCAUCAUGGUCUGAAGAUAACGGUAGGAGGAGUCCAUAAGGAGAUGAAAGAUUGUUGUGAUACACUCACUAAUAGAAUCGGUAUUGUCGAUGAAGUUGUGAAGCAUCUGAGCUCGUUAAAGUAAGUUAAUCUUUUUGGUUCACUUAUAUUUGUAGGGGAAAGACAAAUUUCCUGCUGAGUUCCAUUGACGGCUUCGCAACUAAAUUCCUCGCCUCAGAGUAG